CGGUCUGUACUCCUCCUCCUCCCGUACUCUCUUGCCGCCAGACGUGUCUCCCCCAGCAGCAGUAGCAGCGGAUGAUGGAGGCUCGGUACCGGGCGCGCUGUGUCCCCUCGGCUCUCUGCCUUAUCUUGCUCCUGAGGGCGGCUAUUGGUUCCCAGGAGCCGGACCCACAGCCUCAGGCCCGGUUCGGCCGCUCUCCCCAGGACGGAGAGUGCCAUUUCUACGCUGGAGGACAGGUCUACCCCGGGGAGGCCACCCGUGUGCCGGUCUCCGACCACUCCCUGCACCUCAGCAAAGCUAAAAUUUCCAAGCCUGCACCAUACUUUGAAGGAACAGCAGUGAUAAAUGGAGAGUUCAAGGAGUUGAAACUAACUGAUUACAAGGGGAAAUAUUUGGUUUUCUUCUUCUAUCCCCUUGACUUCACUUUUGUUUGUCCUACUGAAAUUAUUGCAUUUGGUGAUCGAAUUGAAGAAUUUAGAGCUAUAAACACAGAAGUUGUUGCUUGCUCCGUGGACUCACAGUUUACACACUUGGCAUGGAUUAAUACUCCACGCAAGCAAGGAGGGCUUGGGCCAAUGAAAAUACCACUACUCUCUGAUUUGACACAUCAGAUUUCAAAAGAUUAUGGUGUAUAUUUGGAGGACCAAGGACACACACUCAGAGGACUUUUCAUUAUUGAUGACAAAGGAGUUCUCCGUCAAAUAACAAUGAAUGAUCUUCCUGUUGGGCGAUCUGUAGAGGAGACACUUCGUCUUGUUCAAGCAUUCCAGUACACAGACAAACAUGGAGAAGUUUGCCCUGCUGGGUGGAAACCUGGUAGCGAAACAAUCAACACUGAGGAUACUAUGAAGGCCUGGUGGCCAAAAGAGGAUUUAUAAUUCCUGACCCAGCUGGAAAACUGAAAUAUUUUGAUAAGCAACACUGACAUUUUGUAUUGAUUUGUCAUGCAUGUAUCAGUACUUGUUUAAACUGUCUGACUGCGGUCAUUAAAAAAAAUUCUGUGAAUUUUGUUA